AUGGAUCAGAGUGGGAAAGAAUGCCACAAGAUUCAUACCCAUUUCGGAACAACUCUUGAUAGUGGACCUUACGCACUCAAACAUCGAGGGAGAGUUUUAAACGAUUUUUUUAGAAGAGAUCUACUAGAGACAUCAGAUUAUCUCAAGGAUGAUACCUUGGUAGUUCGGUGUUGUGUUGGUGUCGUUAUAUACGCAGAGGAAGAGCCUCACCCUCAAUUUGGGCAUAGUUUAGGCAAUCUUGCAGGAAGUGGAAGCAGAAACGAUGUUAAUUUUCAAGUUGACGGAGAAGAAUAUGCUGCCGAGGAGCUCAAGUAG